AGUACCAGUAGUUAAGUGGUUACGGGAUACCAUGUCUUCAUCCAGUAAUAAUAACAUAUUAAAACGUAAGAAUGAUGACUUAGAGUCAUCAUCACAAGACCAAUUAAAUAAACGAGUGGCAUUGGAUAGUGAACAACUUGAAUUAAGUGAUUUACAAGAAACAAAAUCUCAAACUGCUCCAACCAUUAAUAAUGGAGGAAAUCAUGAAGAAAUUAAUUCUAAUCAAGAAUCCAAUGAUUCUACUGAAUCUCAUAAUAAAGUAGAAGUUGUAAAAGAUGAAAAUAAAGAUGAAAAUCAAUCAUCAAAACCCGUAUCAAAUCAUAAAGAAAGUGAUCCAACUUAUGUACAAUUUAGAAUGUAUUGUCCAGUUAAAGAAGCAAGUACAAUUGUUGGUAAAAAGGGAGAAACAAUUAAUCAUAUAAGAGAUAAAGCUAAUGUUAGAAUAAGUGUUAGUGAAAAUUUAAGAGAUGUACCAGAAAGAAUUAUAUCAGUUAAGGGACCAGCAGAAAAUGUUGCUAGAGCAUUUGGACUUAUAACAAGAACAAUUUUAGAAGAACCAGAAGAUGAACCUGCAUCAGUAAAUAGUCAACAAUAUAAUUUAAAAAUUUUAGUACCUCAUCCAAUGAUAGGUUAUAUUAUAGGUAAACAAGGAGUUAAAUUUAGAGAAAUUGAAGAAAAUUCUGCAGCAAAAUUAAAAGCUGCUGAACAAGCUUUACCUUAUUCAACUGAUAGAGUAUUAUCAAUAACAGGAGUUGGUGAUGCAAUUCAUAUUGCAAUUUAUUAUAUAUCUCAAGUAAUUAUUGAACAUCAAGAUUGUUUAAAAAAGAAUAAAAUUUUAUAUUAUAAUCCAUCAAAUUAUCAUCAUAAUAAUGUUAAUAAUAAUAUGAUGAAUAUUCCUGUUCAAAAUAUGAUGGUAAUGGGUAAUAAUAAUUCAAUGAAUUUACAAACUUUAAAAGAUCCAAAUCCUUAUAAUCAACCAAAUAAACCUCAAGUUUCUUAUGGUCAAAUGAAACAACCUUAUAAUUUUCAAAUGAUGUUUCAACCAGCAAUUCAACCUCAACAACAUUAUGGAAUUCCUCCACCUCAAGCUGCUCCUCCAAUUCAAAUUCCUCCUCAAAAUCCUUAUACUGAUGAACAUGGUAAUACUAUUGUUGGAGAAAUUAUUACUAAUCCUCCUGUUCAAAUUGGUCCAAAUUCUGAUAAAUUUAAUCAAGAUAUAUUUGUUGCUAAUGCAAAUAUUGGUUCAGUAAUUGGUAAACGUGGUAAUAAUAUAAAACAUAUUAGAGAAACAAGUGGUUGUACUUAUGUUAAAAUUGAACCCGAUAAGGGACAAUCUAUUAUGUUAGGUGGUGGGAAAGGUUUUACAAAUAUUAGAAAAUUAACUUUAACGGGUUCACUUCAAGCCAUUCAAACUGCAAUGUAUUUGAUAAAUCAAAGAAUUGCUACUGAUAAGGAAAGAAAUGCUCCUCAUUAAAUUUUUAUGAAAUUCAAUUAUCACAUUCAUUCAUUGUAGUUUUGACUUUCAGAUUCAAGGAAGUUUUUUACUUGAAAGUUUUCUAAUAUUUUCUGGAUUUGUAUUUCUAUCUUACUUUCCAAAUGGUUAGUAAUCUCUUUUUUUUUAUUUUACAUAUAUAUACAAUAAACUUUCCUUUCUAAAUUCUUUUACUUCUUAGGAAUUUUCUUCCUUCUGUAUUCUAUUAAUUUUUGAUUAUUUCAUUUCAUUUCAUUUAUUUCUAUUUAGAAUUUGAUUGAAUUUCUAUAGACACAACUACGAUGAUAUCAUAUAGAAAAUGGGGUUGGAGAUCGUACCUUAAAGAUUCUACAGGUUUACGGAUAUUACUGGACACUAAUUAUGAAGAAUUAAAUCUAUUUUAAU